AAAUGGGGACUGCACAGCCAGCCAGGGAAGAGCUGCGCUCCUCUGUCCAGGAUAGAGCAGGAGUGUUUUUCAGGGUACAGAGAUGAUUCUCACCAGUGUGGGCUUCAAGGCCACCAUCCUUUGCCUCCUGGCCUGGGCUGGCCUGGCUGCUGCUGAUCGGGUGUACAUCCACCCCUUCCACCUCCUCGUCUACCCCAAGAGCAGCUGUAUCCAGUUGGAGAAGUCCAAUGUGGAGACACCCAAGGAGCCGACCCUCACUCCUGCCCCUGUGCAGGACAAGACCUCCCCUGUGGAUGAGGUUGCCCUACAUGAGGAGCUGGUGCUGGCCGUUCAGCAGCUCGCACCUGAAGACUUGCUGCGGGCCAUUCAGGUUGGGAUGAUGUCCAACUUCCUGGGCUUCCGCAUGUACAAGACUCUGAGUGAGGUGGGGAGCACAGCCAGCGGGGCCAUCCUCUCCCCGACGGCUCUCUUUGGUACCCUGGCCUCUCUCUACCUGGGUGCCCGGGAUCCCACAGCCAGCCAACUGCAGGCACUCCUGGGCGUCCCCAUGCAGGCCCAGGGCUGCACCUCCCGGCUGGAUGGGCACAAGGUUCUCUCUGCCCUACAAGCCAUUCAGGGCCUCCUGGUAGCCCAGGACAGGACCAGUGGCCAGGCACAGAUGUUGCUGUCCACUGUGGUGGCCCUGUUCACAACACCUGACCUGCGCCUGAAGCAGCCGUUUGUGCGGAGUCUGGCUCCUUUCGCCCCUGUCGUCCUCCCACGCUCUCUGGACUUGUCCACUGACCCAGAUCUUGUGGCUGAGAAGAUCAACACGUUCCUGCAGGCUGUGACAGGGUGGAAGAUGGGUGGACCUCUCGCAAAGGUCAGCCCAGGCAACACCCUGUUGUUCAACACCUAUGUCCACUUCCAAGGGAGGAUGAAGGGCUUUUCCUUGCUGGCUGAGCCUCAGAUGUUCUGGGUGGACAACAGUACUUCGGUGUCUGUCCCUAUGAUGUCGGGUUCCGGCACCUUCUAUCACUGGAGCGACACACAGAACAACUUCUCCGUGACGCGUGUGCCCAUGGGCAAGAGCGCCGCCUUGCUGCUGAUCCAGCCCCACUGCACCUCCAACCUGGACCGAGUUGUGGCCCUCACCUUCAACCACGACUUCCUGGCACAGAUAAAUAACCUGUCUCCCCGGGCUAUGCGUCUGACCUUGCCCCAGUUGGAGCUGAGAGCAUCCUAUGACCUGCAGGAGCUGCUGGCCCGGGCCAAGCUGGCCACCUUGCUGGAUACUAACGCCAACCUAGAUGGGAUCAGUGACACCAACCUGACACUGGGAGAGGUGCUGAAUGGCGUCCUUUUUGAACUCAAAGCGGAUGAUAGGAAGCAUCCCACGGAGUCUACCCUCCAGCCAAGCACGCCUGAGGCCUUGGAAGUGACCCUCAGCAGCCCCUUCCUGUUCGCUGUCUACGAGAGGGAGGCAGGCGCCCUGCACUUCCUGGGCCGUGUGGACAACCCCCUGAGUGUGGCGUGAGAUCAGGGAGGGUGCCCUAUGGGGCCGCUUGCUGGAUGUGGGACAAAGCUGGCAGCAGAGCCCCCUGCCGUGUCAGUGACUAUCACCCCUGGUCCUCCUCCUUUCCUUCCCAGAGUAAUGCUGGGUGACAGCAGUCCUCUGUACACAGUGCUGUGAAUAACGAGCAACAGAAUCAGCCUCCCAAGCCAGGCUGCUUGGCGGGUGGGGGUGCGAGCCAGAAGCUGGUAGUUAGCACAGGCCCGUUGUUCGGGAAAGAAUGGGAAAUGACCAACCUGUUUGUGAAACUAGAAAGAGUUUGCUUUUGAUUGGGUUUUAAAAUUAAAACACACAUUUUGUUUUAUUCCCUUGGGUUUAUAUUUAGCUCAUUGAGUGUGACCAUGACCCUCACGGGAUUUCCAAAAUAAUGUUUAUCUUUCCUGUGAUUUUUGAAAAAGACAAAAGACGCAGGCAUCUGAAUUUAGCUAGAAUGUAACUAAGACAUCUCUAGAAUGUACCAUGGGUGAUUACCCCCGUGUGGUUAACAAAUGUAACAGUAAGAGGAUUCUUAGCAACACAGAGAUGUGCCACUCAGCUGACAGAGCACUCUCAAGGCCCUUGCUGGGCUUCUGGAGAGCCGGACCAGCACUUGGUCAUCCUUGCAGAGCUUCCUGGCCAUCUCUGCUCUGAUGGGCACGAUCAUCUGUGGAUGGCCAGGUGGAUCUUGUGGAUCUUGUCCACACAGAGACCCAGGAGAGAGAUGGGAACGAGGACAUCCUCCACCCAGGACAUGGGUCUGAGAGCGCUUCAUAUGAUGCAGGAGGUGGGGGAGAGAGGACAAGCUUCAUAGACACAUAUUUGCCUUUCCUUUUGCUGGUGUCUGCCUGUUCCAAUUGAUGGGGUUAGACCCACAGCCUCUAAUUCUGGGAUGAGCUGAGGGGAGGGCACCUGGCUGCCACAGUGACAGGCUAUGCUUCCUCCUGAGUGUCAUGUGCUCUGCCUUCCUCCUGACACACAUGCUGGAGUGGGUGAGCAGUGCAGCAUGCUGGUCGCUGGGCAGAGCCAGGCCGAGGCUCCCACACGGGGAUCCCAGGCCACCACAUAUGUGUAGCCUCCCUGGCUUCAACUAGAGUGUGGGCCCUGCCUGCCAUGCGCCACCACACAGGCAUGCCGACUGUGCCCCCCUUGGAACUGCCUGGGGCCAGUGUGGACCCCAGCAGCUGUGAGGACAUAUACUGCCCCCUCUUGACCGUCCUCAGAAUUUCAGCUUCUCCCCAGGGCCUUCCCUAUCCUUGGAUGUUCCUCACUGGCUCUGAUUCACUGAGACAGCUUGUCCUCUCUGCCCUGUGGGUGUGGCCCAGUCUGACCUAGAAGCAUAGGGCAGGUCCUGGGUCCAGAUGUGGAUCCACCCUAUGUACUGCUGUGUGACCAGGGGCCAGGUCCUCAGCCUCUCCAGGCUUGACUGCCCUGAUGUGUAAAAGAGAAAAUGCUGAGAUGGAUACAAUCAAUAAAUUAACCACUACUAAAAGA